AUGCUAACCUGCGCCUAUUGUGGGGUGCUGUGCACCGAACUCAGAAGCAGACACGGCAUAAUGCGAAAACGAAACGAGAAGAAGAACACGAAGCAAGAACGAAGAAGAAGCAUGGUUUCAACGAGACGCAACAGUGGAUCUUUCUCCAACGGCAACAAGAGGCCUUCUUCUUCAGAAGACAAAACUCCCUCUCCUUCCCCGAAGCGCCAAAAGGUCGACAAUGUUGCUCCCGCCUCGGAGAAACCGAUGCCGCCGGCGGAAAAUUCCAAGGAUUUGGGGAUGCCGGAGCCCCCGGCUGAUCCCGGAGAAUGCGAAUCUCGGGACGCUCAGAUCGCCGGCGCCACCAAUCCCGAUGGCAAGGACGACCCCACGCCGCCGAUCGCCGAUGGUUCUACACCGACUGUGGUUGCUGAUAAACCUAGGGGUUCGUUCUCUUCUUGGGCUAUAUAUCAAAAGCAAAACCCGAAUUUCGAAGCUUCAGUUCCCUGGUGCAGACUCUUGUCACAAUCUGCGCAGAAUCCGAAUGUUUUAAUUUGCACAGCCAACUUCACUAUUGGGUCUAGUAGGAGUUGCAAUUUCCCGUUGAAGGAUCAGACUAUAAGUGGAAAUUUGUGCAGGAUCAAGCACACGCAGCGCGAGGGAAGUGCUGUGGCUGUGCUAGAAAGUACGGGUAGCAAAGGAUCGGUGGUAGUGAAUGGGACGCUCGUCAAGAAGAGUACCAGCUGUGUGCUUAACUCGGGGGACGAGGUGGCUUUUGGUUUGAUUGGGAAUCAUUCAUAUAUUUUUCAGCAAAUAAAUCCCGAAGUUGCAGUUAAGGCUGCAGAAAUUCAGGGUGGCGUCGGCAAGUUUUUCCAGAUUGAAAGGAGAGCUGGAGACCCUUCAGCGGUGGCUGGAGCUUCUAUUCUGGCUUCUCUUUCUAGCCUCAGACCGGAUCUUACGAGAUGGAAAUCUCCAUCUCAGACAGCCAGUAAACCUCAGGAGGGUACGGAUGUUCCUAGUCACUCUGUUCUCCCUGAUGGUACAGAGACUGAGCUCGAUGUGGAAGGCAACUCAGCUCCAAAUGUAGCGACAGAUAAGGCUGCUGAAGUUGGUGCAAGUGACAAGAAUUUGCCUAUGGAUUGCGAUCCAGAUGAUGCAGGCGCAGAGGCAGGCAAUGUAAAAUUCUCUGGGGUGAAUGCUUUCCUAGGGCCUUUCUUCAGGAUUCUAGCUGGAUCUACUUGUAAAGUGAAAUUGAGCAAAAGUAUCUUUAAACAGGUAUUCGAAGAAAGACAUGGGACGAGGGAUGCGCAAGCUGCAUCAACUUCGGGUACUUCUGUUCGCAGUGCAGUUUUUAAAGAGGAUGUUCAUGCUGCAAUAUUGGAUGGGAAAGAAAUAGAAGUGUCUUUUGACAAUUUCCCUUACUACCUAAGUGAGAAUACAAAAAAUGUUCUAAUUGCAGCUUGCUUUAUACACCUGAAGCAUAAAGAACAUGCAAAGUACACAACAGAUCUUACAACCAUAAACCCUCGGAUUCUACUUUCAGGACCUGCAGGGUCAGAAAUAUAUCAGGAGAUGUUGGCAAAAGCACUUGCAAAACACUUUGGAGCUAAAUUGCUCAUAUUUGAUAGCCAUUCACUUUUGGGUGGUUUAACUUCCAAAGAAGCUGAGCUCCUCAAAGAUGGAUCUAAUGCUAGUGCUAAACAAAGUCUGAUAACUGCAGACAUGGCUAGGAGCAUGGAUACACCAACUAGUGAACCAGAUACACCUAACUCUUCAAAUGCAGCUACUCCAUAUGGUUUUGAGUCUCAACUUAAGUUGGAAGCUGAUAAUAUACCAUCUACCUCUGGAACAGCUAAAAAUUGUGUGUUUAAACUAGGUGACAGGGUAAAAUACAGUUCAUCUUCUGGGGGAAUGUAUCAGCUUCAGACAAUUUCUUCACGGUACAAGUUUGUGUUAAGUUGUUCUGACAUUUCUGUUUCACACGAUCUCAUUGAUACAAUUGUUAUGCACAUCCUUUUGCUUUUAUCACAUUAA